AUGGUACGAUUACAAGCGUUAAUUGAUAAUUUGAGCAAACAAAUCGAUACUGUUCUACGUAAUAGUAGACAAAUAUGUCCUGCUGCUUCUAUUCAACAUCCAGGACAAUCAAAUGUUCCACAACAACAACAACAAAUAUCUGGUAUUUCAUCAAUUCGAUAUAAUUCACCUAAUUAUGUUACAGAACUAGAAGCAACUCCUCCAUUUAUUCAAUUACAAACUCCAUCUACUUAUCAUCCUGGUAAUACAUCAGGUCUUAUUCAAGCAGCAUCAGUCGUUGGUCAACAUCAAAAUAUGUGGCUUCCAUCAGCUAGUUCCACACAAAUACCUGCUACUUCAGAUCCACGUAUGCACGGUUCAUAUUCAUCAGCAACCAUUAAUCCACCAAGUAUUUUUUCUAAUUGGCCAUUAGUUCAAUCACAACAUGUUCAACAUCAACCAACCGAUCAACAACAUGAUUAG